AUGGGCGCGCCGCAGGGCGGGAAGGGUGCCGCGCCGCCGCCGCCGGGCGUCCGCGCGGGUCCGCCCAAGCACAGGGCCGCCGCCGGCCUGCAGAGGCCCGGCGGCAGGGCGCCCGGCGGCGCGGCCAACAGCGGCAUGGCGGAGCUGCUGGAGCGGGUGAGGGACGCGGGCGUGGAGAUGGACCGAGUCAAGUCGAAAUGGAGGACGUGGACCUUUCGGGCGUGGAUCCAGGUGCAAAGGCCGAUGUCGUGA